UCCAAGUACUAGCGUCAACCCUCUGGUCGACUUCGCGGGUAUUCAACUCCAUGUUCGGUCCGGAAUCUCACUUCCUAGAAGCGAUUGAGCUCCGGCGGUCGAAGAUCCCAGAACUCGGAUAUCCUCCGGCCGUAGUCGCCCUCAACGACGAUCCAGAUGCUCUGGAGUACAUAUUCAAUGUACUCCACCACCGACAAGAGCGUCUUCCGGAGGUCGACCAGCCGCUGAUGGUGGCGGUGGCUGCGAUUUGCGAUGAAUACGAACUUCACAGUGCGCUGCAGCCCGUCGCCGACAGAGUUUUCCUACCUCUAGGAGAAAUCGCCUCGGAGGGCUUCGGCGACUGGAUAUUCAUUGCGUAUGUCUUCGGAUACGAGGAUCUGUUCGCGAAGGCGUCGCGGGAGUUGAUUCUCUCCAACCAGGAAACAAUUUCAACUAUCAAUGUUUACACACCCCAAAAAGUGACAGAAACGAUUACUGAGAAGUGGACGCUCAUCGUGAGCGAGCUGAGCCACAAAUUGGAGUCGAUCCCGGGGAACAUGUACCCACAGUGA